CUCGCCAACCUGAUCCUGAACGAAAUCAUGAUCGACGGAGCUGCUGUCACCUGGGACGAUAUUGCGGGCCUCACAUUCGCAAAACAAGCAUUGAAGGAAAUCGUGAUAUUGCCAGCCUUGCGGCCAGAGCUCUUUACUGGACUGAGAGCACCCGCCAAAGGAGUUUUGCUUUUUGGACCCCCAGGAACCGGUAAAACUAUGCUAGCAAAGGCGGUCGCACAGGAAUCCAAGUCAACAUUUUUUUCGAUCAGCGCCAGCUCUCUUACCUCCAAGUUUGUGGGCGAAUCAGAAAAGCUGGUCAGGACGCUCUUUGCGAUCGCAAGGGAGCUACAGCCGGCCGUCAUCUUUAUCGAUGAGAUCGAUUCCAUAUUGACGGAGCGGUCUGAAAACGAACAUGAGGCCAGCAGGCGGCUCAAGACCGAAUUUUUGUUGCAAUUUGAUGGAGCAGGAUCCAAUUCUGACGACCGCGUUCUCGUGAUGGGCGCCACCAACCGACCCCAGGAACUGGACGAAGCAGCACGGCGUCGGUUCGUGAAGCGCAUUUAUAUCCCUUUACCCGAGUCAGAAACACGGCGUUCUUUGCUCAUGAAGCUGUUAUGCGGGCAGGAUUAUCACCUCUCAACAAGCGAGAUGAAUAGGUUGGUGCAGCAGACAGAGGGCUAUUCAGGCUCGGACAUCACGGCGCUCGCCAAGGAUGCAGCAUUGGGACCACUCCGGUCACUGGGAGAGACAUUGUUGGAUACGCCUGCAGAUCAGGUACGACCGAUCCAGUACCAGGACUUUGUGCACGCGCUGCAGACGAUCCGACCAUCGGUCAGUCCACAGAGUCUUCAGUCCUUUGAGGAAUGGAAUCGCGAAUACGGUGCUGGUAUCCGAGGAUAA